AUCGGAUGCCAAAUACAGCAUAGGGAUUACGUACACUCGAUACGCAUCGUAUCCGCCAUGUUUUCCCGUAAGGCGCUAUGGGAAAACAUGGCGGAUACGAUGCGUAUCGAGUGUACGUAAUCCGGGCCCAGAUGAUUUAGUUCACAGUGGCAAUAUUCUAGAAUAAACAAUAAUAACAAGUUUUUUAAAAAUCUAUAGUUCUAAUUCUAAACCAUGUUUGAUCAAGAGUUUGUGGAAGUUAAUCAAAUAAAUAGUUUUUUGCAUUUUUUGGGAAACAUUGAAUGGCGAGAUCCAUGGUUGAUAGCACUGUUCACAUUUCACAUUUCCAUAUUUAUGAUGGCCUUACUUACUAGAAAUUACGGGAAUUUCCAGGCUCUUCUCUUCUUCUGUUUAUUGCUAUUAGUGUAUUUUUCUGAAAGUAUCAAUAAAAUGGCGUCGACGAAUUGGAAGAUAUUCUCGCGGCAGCAGUAUUUCGACAGUAAUGGUCUAUUCAUAUCUGUCGUGUUCUCGAUACCAAUCCUGUUGAAUUGCAUCUUGAUGGUGGGAAGCUGGCUGUACCAGUCCACCCAGCUGAUGACAAACUUGAAGGUAGCGCAGCUGAAGGAACAACUCCGGAAGGAACAAGAGAUAAAAGACAAGAAAAAGCCGAAGGAGGAAUGAGACGCAACGAUACUAGUAUUCGUAUUUUGCUUUUUAAGAUCUACAGUUCUCCGAGAGUUAAUACUAGACCUUAAGGCCACUUACUAACACUUUUUUCCUAGUAUUAUUGAGUCAUAUGACAAUAAUUAAUACAAAUUUGACUGUUGGUGUGUAUUUAAGGCCAAAAACAUGUCAUUAACUUUCAUUAGAUACAUUAAUUUGCUGAUAUAACUUAUCAUACAGUUAACUCGUUCUGUACUCACGACGACAGUGUGUCGUCACGAGGGCUUCAUCAAGGGUACUGACGACGCACGAGUGUCGGCGGUAGUACCGCGUUACUAAGUGAACCAUUUAAAUACGUGGUACCAGCCAUGUGACGUUUGUUCAAGAUGGGCAUCGAACGUGUCAAUAGAAUGAGUGGACGAAAAAACAGUUUUUAGUUUUUAAUAGGUGCUUAUAUUCUAGGAAGAGAUGAUGUACAGUGUAGUACGAAUAAAGAGAGAGAGAAAAAAAUUGUUGCUAUUAAUUUAGUUUUAUACGUUUUAAUAUUGUAUGAGUUCUGGAUGUUUAUCCAUUCUUCUUUGGAUUUACAUCUCCUUCUCAUCCCUUGACUCCUUCUGAUGACACUCUAAAUAUUGUUACAAUAGCUCGAGCCUGUGUCAGAUAUACGGCUUCUUGUAAGGGUUUUUCCACCAAAGUCUUCAUUUAGUCUGUCCAUCGUGUUGAAGAUCUUACUUUUGGUCAUCCACAGCUUUCCCACAACGCACCACUUCCUUCCCUUUGAUGCAAAGUGUUCUAAUUCUUCCUCCUGCUAGCAUGCUACUUCAUAGAGUCCUAUUGUUUUCAAUUCUUAUUCUUAGUUUCUUGAAGCACUGUUCCAAUUUACAAGGAAACGGAAGAAUUUUUUCUGAACUCACUCUUUUACUCCCCAGUGCAUAAAUCUUUGGAUAUCGAAAGUAAUCAAUUAGAACAAUAGUGUCAACAAGUUGAUCUGAUAAGUAACCUCCUUUGCAAUGGAAAACAUGUUUUCCUGAAAAUUAUUUUAUUUUAUUCGAUAUAGUCUCCUUUUAACUCAAUACAAUGAUUCCAGCGAUUUUCCAGCUUCUUUAUACAGUUCGAAUAAUACAAUUCUGGAACCUCUGCAAAACAGUUAAUUGUUUCGACAAUUAUCUAUUCGUUCGAGCUGAAUUUUUUAUUUAAGAGACAUCUAUUCAGAUUUGGUAACACAUAAUUAAUAAUCGAAUGAAACCAAACCAGGGGAAUAAGUCGGAUGAGAAAGCAAUUCGAAGCCCAACUGAUGAAUAUUUGCCAUUGUCACUCUUAUGAGUGGGGGCAUUGUAUUGGAGAACCAACACACUUUCUUCGGUAUAUGGGGCCGUUUCUCGCUGAGUUCGGUAAUGUACAAUAAUAUUGGCUAUUGAUAGUUUCACCUUUUUCAAGAUAGUCAAUUACAAUUAUGCCUUUGCAAUCCCCAAAUACCUUUCCUACCCAUUGAUCUACUCUUGGCUGUUUCGAAACACUUUGGCCGGUUUCAGUCCACUGCCGUGCGUUUAUUCUGUUCUCUGGUGUGUAGUGGUAGAUCCAGAUUUCAUCAACGGUUGCCAAUCGACGCCAAAAGUCCGACGCAUUGCGCUUAAUAAGGUCCAAACACUUCUGACAAGUGUAUAAAGGUUGAAAUUACAUGUACAAACAAAAGAAAUGUCAAAAGGACACCAAAUCACAUGAUAAUCAUGGAUAGAGGGAUGGAUGUAUCAAUUAUUGAAUGGACUAUGACUUAGGAACAACUCAACCUAGAAAAGAAUUAUGUCUGCAAUUUUAAGUAUUGGUGAAGGCAUCAUAAAAAUAUUUAUUGGGCAGGUGGAUUAGUUGUUUGACUCCUCUGCCUAAGUAUUCCUGAAUGUUCGGUUUAAUAUUCGUUUAUCGCUUUAGGUAUCUUAUAUUGUGGAUUGCAUUGUCCAUUACAAGAGUUUAUAGGUAUUUACUGGUCUUCAAAUCCGGUAGUUGAUUACUUCUUGACUCUCUGUCUGUUCCAGUGAUUCUUCUUGUAAGUUUGUUGGGAUAUGUAGCAUUGUCUAGCCACCACACGAUACAUUUACCUAAAUACUGUUAAAAUGAUCUCUGCAGAGUUAUUUUUGUGUCAAACAAUUUUACAUUGACUGACAAAAAGUAAUCUUCGUUCUUUUAUGUUAAAUAAUAGAUAAAUAUUUCAUAUGACUCAAUGAUAUCAUCUUUCGGAAAGCCGAAUUUUUGUGGGAAAACAAUCGUUUUAUAGUUACCACUUGUUAUUACUCACGAAGCAGUUACGUAGUGAACGGAGUAUCAGUAUUUUAAUAAUUGACAUAUUUAUAGCAGUUCGUGCACUGUUAAGAGAGAUUAUGAGAGCAAUGAUAUAGUCACAUAGUAGAAACGUUUAUCGCGGUCACAUUGAGUCUUAUUUGUGGCUUUUAAGAGAAAAUUGUAUGCUUAAAGAACAAAAUAAAUGCGGUAGUCUCCUUCAAUUUUCGGUCGGAUACAGAAUAGUAGGUCUAAUAAAUAAUAAUCAUUUGGAGCCAUGCCUGGACUGUAACGUUGAUGACAUGACGUCCUAAGUUCUACUGACAGUUGAUAUUUGACAAUCUCUUCCACAAGUAGGUUUUGCACACGUAUUUUUCAGUGGAAUACAUCAAACUUAAUCGUUAUAGAAAACUAAAAGUGUUGUUAAGGCCAAAGGCUCCUUUACCAAACCGAAAUUUAAAUAAGCUUAAAACCCCAAAUAGGAUGCUGAGAUUUUUGGUGACUAAUUGAUGCCUACUCGAUAAAUUAUAUAUUUUUAACAAAAUCAAUGGGAAAAUCCCAGUCUGGGUGUAUACCAUAAUUAAAAAUCAUACAGAAGUAAAAACUUCGUUUGUACAAUGGUAUAAAAAGUUUAUUAAAAAAACUAUUAAAAAGUCAUCCAAAAGAAUUCGCAAAACGUUUUCGAUCUAGAUCAGAUCAUCUUCAGUGCGUUCUGCUUAGUAGAUGAAACUAGCAACCUUAUAAAAUUGGUAACAUCGAGAAAUAUGGUUUACAUGUUAAUAAUGUGAUAUUUGUAGCGACUCCCAAGUCGAUGUUAAAAGAUUAAAUUUGUUAGGUUGAUCUGUGUCCAUUGAACUGGCAAGAACCACACGUUCUUAUCGAGCAGGGAACCAUGUUGCCCUUUGAGCACUCUUAACAAAUUUAAUCUUUUGACAUCGACUUAUAGUCGCUACAAAUAUCACAUUAUUAACAUGUAAGUAAACCAUAUUUCUCGUUGUUACCAAUUUUAUAAGGUUGCUAGUUUCAUCUACUAAGCAGAACGCACUGAAGAUGAUCUGAUCUAGAUCGAAAACGUUUUGCGAAUCCUUUUGGAUGACUUUUUAAUAAACUUUUUAUACCAUUGUACAAACGAAGUUUUUACGUUUGUAUGAUAUAUUUUUUACUUUAAAACGAAUAACCCAGUGGGUAAAGGACCACAGGGUAGAUCACCAAAGCGAUGGCCAGAAUGCUGGACCUCAUCGUCCGGGGAAGACUUGAUGGUAAUGAACAGGCAGUAGCCUACUAGCAUUACCGAUCAUGCUAGAAAGAAGAAGAAUUUUAAAAUGUAAGGAUAAUAAAUAAUGCUCCAUACUUGGAGCCAUGUUCGGAUUAUAAGAUUGAUAUUCCAAUUCUGGAAAGAUCCAUAGUGGGUGUAACAAUUGAUAAUCCAAACGCUUUGAACGAAUAUUACCCCUGAAUGUAUGCUCUAUACAGCAGAGAGUUGACAGAAUUUGAUUGAGAGUUAAUAGUGUUUUAUUGACAGUUGACAACAUAUUCCACGAACUUGAUAGCUUGACAGGUUUAGAAUUUGUUAUGCCUACCUCAUCAGUUAUAUAUUUUAGACCCAAAAUUGGAUCACCGAACCAAAAUCUCACAUUAACAUUGUGUCAUAACUACAUGACAUGAGUUUCAGUAAGAACAAGAUUGAAACAAUCUACGUUAAAGGAAAAACUUUAAGAAAUUACCCAGAUACAAUAAUUGUAAUAAAAAAAGAAUGUGUGUACUUUGUACGCACGUAAGAAAUUAUACUUCUAUUAUAUGAUUUCAAGGAAAUCAAUAUACUUUAAACAGUUUAUUUAUAUUUAAUUUAAUUAUUAAACUAAUUUUAAUACUUACUACUUUCCAAAAAUUUUUAUUAAAACAAUACCAAAAAUUAAAAAAAAAUAAAAGAAUGAAACACACACAAACACAUUGAAAAAUGCCACAAAGAAAUGAUUUCUGAACAAUAAUUGUUGCCAAAAAUUUUAACUAAAUACGUAUUUUCUGAAAAAAUUAUAUAAUAAUAUACUUACAUUCAUAAAAUGUAUAAAAAAAAUAAAAAAUAGUAACUUGCAUUGGGGAUCGAACCCGCUUCCCGUCGAUCCCGCCGAUUGAAAUUCGAAGUGCUUUCUAAUUGCGCCACCUUCGCGCAUCUGUCAUGUGGGAAUAUACACCAACUGAACGUUUACACCAUAAACUUUUUGACAGUUGUUUAUUACUUAUAUGAAUUUAAUCAAAUUAGUUUGAUUUUUGGGGAAUUAAAGGAAUAUUUUGUGGAAUAACAAUAUAUUAGUUGAAUAUCGGUAGAAAUUUUGAUAGUAAUCAAAUUAUGUAAAUCAAAGCAUUACAUACUAUUUUGGUAGAUUCAUUUUAAAUUUUCCAAAUAGGUAGGUACCUAUGUAAUUUUUUAUUAGGAUACUGGAACAUUUACAUUUAUUACGUACCUGUCGUUUUUAAAAACUAUUUAAAAAGUCUCUACAAUUAUAAACUUGCUUUUUUCUCUGCCAUCAUAACAAUAAAAACUAAUAUACAUAAAGUUUUUUUAUCCAUAAUCUCCAUAUUGAACAAUUAUUGACAGAUGAUUUUAACACCCAAUCAGAUCCCGUAUAACGUUUGAGCGACUAAUACCAUAUAGCGACUAAUACAAUAUACUGUCGGUGUGCGCAUGCGCUAGGGAAUGUAAAAAUUCACCCUCGUGCCUCAAGAAGUAUAAUCAAAAAUUGUUUCUAUUACGGGACCAAUAUCUAACAUCUUUAACGUACUAUUUUCUCUUAUUUGUUAUCAUUGAUUAUGACUCAUUUACUUACAUAUAUUGACAAUCUAUAUUAGAUACUGCUGGUGUAGUGUCUCUAAUACCAUCAUUACUGUCAAUGUUGUGGCAAUUUUAUAAAGUAAGAAUGUGUGUGUGACCUCACUUGGUGUCGGUUUGUAAGGUCUUGAAUUAUGAUCUUGUCAGUUUUGAAAUAAAAUGCAAUACAAUAGAAUUCUUCAGAGCAGCGGUAGAUAUAUUGUUAGAUAGAUAGCGGCAGAUAAUUAUUGUGCAAAAGUAAAGCAAAGCAAAAAUUAUUUAUUAUCAAUUCAAGUAAAAAUGCUAAAUAUGAACAAAAGUUGUAUACAAGGGACACGCUAUAAUUAUAGGAGAGAAGAUUAUUUUAUGAUUCCAAAUGAGACAAAUUUUCACAAAAAAGAAAGCUUCUGUUGGAGUGAAAGUAAAGAGAAGAUAAACUCCAACAGAAGUAGAAAAAAGAAAGAAACUAAUGUGUAACUAAAUGGGAACAAAAAGGCAAUAAAAAAGAAAAUAGCUUCUCGUUGGAGAAGUUGAAGUAAUGAAAACAUGUCAAAAAGAAAAGGUUGCUUCUACGUUGAGAAGCCGAAGUAACAAAAUACUACUUUUUGCAGUAGUACUUGUAUGGGGAAUGAAAAUUGAAAAUGAUAAGAUGAAAGAGUGGGAUGGACUGAUAAUAGAUAUAUGAAUGGACAGAGGCUUUCUUUUUUAAAAAUCCACGAGGAAAAAUUUAGGAUUGCACUGAUGAUGAUCGGUCAACCGAUUGAAAACUAGUUCUGUCUUUGAUGUAGCCCUGUAUAGGGAUUUUAACAAAUAUACCUUUUAUAAAGGAUUUUAUGCUUUCUUUUUUGAUACAUUGGCGCCCAACGUCGGGCGCCGACAACGACCUGAAUUAACCGAACAAAUGAACUAAAGCGAAUAGACAACAAAAUAUCUGGGAAACAAGCAAUUAAUAAUACAAAAUAAAUAUCAAACCAAGAAUAAAGUAUAAAAACCUAAUUUUCUGGGCGUAUUCCUUGUUUUAGUAUUUACCUUUUCUAGUCAUCAUCACUAUCUACUUUGAUCUGCUGUUCGUUGACAGGCAUGCAAAAUUGGCCGUAUCCAUCCUUGAGUGUCCAGUUGUCGAUCUCUUGCAUCUCGUGCUAGCCAACUCCAUUCAGUUUGCCUCUGUCUAUUCAUAUAUCUAUUAUCAGUUCAUCUUAAUUCCCCUUCCUUCAACUUUCUUCAUCUUACCAUUUCCCCCCUACAUAAUGCUACCACAAAAGUAGUAUUUUCAUUACAUAGGCUUCCCAACGUAGAAGCCCUUCACUUUGAUACAUUUAGUAUUUAUUUCUUUUCCUUACUUCUGUUGGAGUUUAUCAUUCUCUUUAUUUUCACUCCAACAGAAGUUCUCUUUUUUAUUACAAGACACAACUAUGUUAUAGGAAAGAAAUGUAUAAAAGUUUAAGAGUCCAACUAUUUUUUAGAAGAAAAUAGUGAACAGGGAGAAAGAACAAAGCUAGAAACAAAUUGAAUGUUAUAAUGUAGAAAUAAAAAAAAGAAAAACAAUUAUUUCGAUCAAAAAACGUGAUAUUGAAAGAAAAAAAUGUCCUGAUAUAUCUGGGUUAUUGAUGAAAAACUGAACUGUCGGUGGCCUUACAUACCGUUAAGCUAAAGGUAACUCGUAUGUACAGAAUUAUGUGUAUGUCAAAGAUUUUAAAGGUCAAUGAGUAACCAUAACUAUUUAUGAAAUGUCAUUGUUAACGUUACAGUCUGGGAACUUUUGUAAGUUGUACCUAAUUGCCACAACUAAUAACACUAAUGGCACUAUUAUAGACACAAUAUGUUCUAGCUAAAACUAGCAUCACAACGCUUAGACAAGCUUCUUCAUGCUCUUUUAGUGCUCGUCAUAAGUUCAACGCAAAAACCAUAGACAUAAUAAAAAUAGACUAGGUAAGGUAUGGACCGCUCUGUGAAUAGAGGUGAAACGCCAAUAUUCAACAUUGCGUGGUCAAGCUAUCUUGACUACUCAAUGUUGAGUAUGUAAGAGAGCUAGAUAGACCACUAUUUAGCUCAGGAUGCCUUUGUCUAUUCUUAUUAUGUCUAUGGCAAAAACGAAUCCGUUAUACGUCACUGUCGCAGUGCUGUACAGUAUCCACCAUCGAAUUACGCCUAAUAUUUUAGAUUAGGGCUUUAAAGUGCAUUUACAAUUUUUAAGUACUUACAUUAAGUCAAAUAUAUGAGGAUAUAAGUUUAGUUGUUACAGUGUUAAGGUAAAGAUAUUCAUGUUACGUUCUAAGCUUUGUAUUUACAUUAUUUUUAUCAUUGACGUGGUUAUUUUUAAGUGUUUUAAUUUAAUCCGGAAAUUUGAAAUGUAGAAAAUUAACGAUGAGCAGACUUUGAGUCGCUAAACCUACCCUAAUGCUAGCCCAGUGGCGGAUCUACGGAGGAGCGAAAAUAGGAGACAGCCUCCACCCAAAGGUCCAAAAUUUAAAGAAAAAAAUUGUCGAAACAAAAAUGUGUUAGCUGACAUAAAUCUUAAACCAUAGACAGACAAUUCAAUCCAGUAAACCCGCUAGUUAAGAAAAUUAGGGGAACUUAACGCAUUUAAGUUAUUAGGGAACAUCCAUAACUAUGUCGUAAAAAUUUUGGACUUUUUAAUACCCUCCCCCUCCCCCCUUCCGUUGUAAAACGCCGUUUACAGUUGACCUCAUACCGACGUCGCAAUUGCAACUCAUGACCCCCCUUUUUAGUGAUUUUUUUUUAAUUCCUUGUUAUUUCUGGAUUUUUUAAAGUUAGCUAUCAAAGUUUAUUUACGAAUGUAUCCAAAUCAGUAUUACUAUGUAGCUCAUUAAUAUCCGCGUACUUUUUUCUCUUAAUUCACUGUAUAACUAAUUAGCUUUAUUGGGACAAAAGACAAUACUUUUUAUCGGAGUUCCUAUGCUCUCUUAACUGCAUCAUAUAAAUCCUGAUACUUAUUUUGUCUUGAUUUCAAUACCAUUUCUUUUAUUAAGUAUAAAUACAAUGUAUUAACUAAAUAAAAUAGAAUAUUUUAUUUCUAUUCAUUCUUGUAGAAUUGUUUCACACAGAGUAUUCAGAAAAUAAAUGAACAGUUUUAUAUGUAUUGCUUCCAGACGCUGUUCUGUACGUUGUUCUGUAGAAGCGUUUGUUUAAAUACAUAGAACAAUGUUUUAUUGUUUGUUAUUCUGUACAAAACUGCUAGCAAUAUUAUUAGGCUGUGAGUGAUAAAAACGAAAUGAAAAGUAUGCGAUAAAAGUAAUAUACCUACUAAUUCUUUUUAAUUCUAAAAUAGGGUAAUUUUUUAUAUUCGUGAACAUCAAACGACGUCGGAUGUGCACUCAUGGCCCCCUCCCCCCUGUCGUAUACCGUCGUAAUAAGCAAAGACCUCUCCCCCUUUUCAACGACGUAGUUUAUGGAUGUUCCCUUAUUUAUGUCUUUUAUGUAGUUUGGGCUUAUCUUUUUUAUGUCUUCUCGUUUUUAUUUCAUUGGAAGCUCCCCCUCCCCCAUAGAUCUGCCACUGUGCUAGCCUGAGAUAUCGAGAAAAUGUGUCACCUAUUGCCAGAUGACCUAUUCUCGAUUUUGUUUAAAGGUUUCCUCGAUAACUCAGUGGGCGGAGCUAGUAAGACUAUCGGGACAGAUAAUUUUCCCACGUUUUAGCGACCCAAUGGGACUUUUUAAUUAGUCCAGGAACCGAAGCUUUUCACCUCGCAAUUUUUACAGAAUGGAUCGAUUUGCUUGGAAAUUUGAGAAUAAGUAGUGGAUAGUCCAAGGAUCAAAAUCUAUAUGAUGCCGAAAGGCGCUUUUACCAUGGGGGUGGCUAAACUUUUUAUUAUAUUUUGACCGCAAAAGUUGAUAAAAACAUUCAUUCUAAGCUAAAAAUGUUCUAAUACAUUUUUUUGAUAAUAUUAAUAGUUUUCGAUUUAUUCACUAUCGAAAGUGUUAGUUUUAUAUCGAAAAAAUCAAUGUUUUUCGAUAAUACUCAUUUACGAUUCACUUAAUUUUUGCCGUAGAAAAAAUUUUUUAAACUAAGUUCUUGGGAAUUAAAUAUCCUACAAUUUCAUGUUUAAAAAUUUUUUCGUAUGAAGAAAAAGGCAUUUUUUACCAAACCGUAUUGAAGAAAAUGGCAUUUUUUACCAAACUACAAAAAAAUCGUUAUUCUCUUUUAAUUCCAGUUUUCUAAAAGCUAAUCAUUCAAGCCAGUCAAACUUCUAGAAUCUGUUAUUAAUACAUAAAUAAAGAAGAAUGAAUAAGGUCAAUGAUUAAAAACACCGCUAACUUACAUUACUAUGCUUCCAAUUAUUGGAUUUCUCCUUUUUUUUUUCAAAAGAAUAUAUUGAUUUUUUAACCGUAACUUUUUUAUUUUUUAUCUUGAAUGUUUAGUAAAAAAGAGUUUUCUAGGUUUUUACAAGAUCUAUAAGCCUAUUAAUAAUAAAUCUUUUUAAAAUCCUCAGUCGCAAAAAGAAGUGACUUUGAAAGGGUUGAUAAAGGUGAUUUAUGCAUGUUGUUUCAAGUUUUAAUUGUCAAUAGCUCACUCAAUUUUUGCCAUAGAAAAAAUUUUUGCAAACCAGGUUCUUGGGAAUUAAAUAGCCUACACUUUCAUAUUUAAACAUUUUUCGAAUCUCUGAUGCUAAUCUUUCUAUUCUGAAGAAAAAGCCAGUUUUUUCCAAACUACAAAAAUUCGUUAUUCGCAUUUAACUCCAUUUUUUUAAAAACUAAUCAUUCUAAGCCAGUCAAACUUCUAUAAUCUAUUAACAAUACAUAAAUAUGAUUAAUUAUUUAUAUGGGAAAUAAGCCACAAUUAAAAUGAAAAAAAUAAUUUUAUUAAAAAAUUUUUUUAGCAGAAAAACAAUUGUUAACAUCUGUUUUAUUAAAAAAUGAUUAUCCUUUAUCGUUUAUAAAUAAGGAAUUGUCAAGAUUGGAUCGAAUGGAACAGAACAACUUAGAACGGGAUCCUACAACAUUCACAAGAAAUAAUACGAGGAAAAUAUCAAUACCAUAUAUAAAAGGACUAUCCGAGAAACUUAAAACAAUAGGAAAUAAAUUCAACAUUUCAACAACAUUCAAAACAACAAACACAUUGAGAUCUAUUCUAUCUAAAACUAAACCUAACAAUGAUCAAGAAAGAACAAAGAAUUGCAUUUAUAAAAUACCUUGUGAAUGCGCACAAUUUUAUUUAGGUGAGACAUCAAGACCAUUAGACGUUAGAAUAAGUGAACAUCAAUCUUAUAUUAAAAAUAGAGAAUUUGAUAGAUCUCAAAUAUGUCAACACGCAUGGGAUAAUGAACAUAGAGUUCAGUGGAGAGAUUCAAGUAUAGUCCUGAAAGAAUCAGAUAGUAAAAAGAGAAAAAUCAAAGAAGCGGCUCUAAUUCUACUAAAUGAAACCAAUUGUGUCGCAAAUUCCUCGGUAGAAUGCAGUAGGAUGUGGUUGCCCAUACUGAAAGAGGAAGUCAACAGAAAGAAAAUACCAAGAUUAGUAAGUCAAUAACAUCGAGCUGGUACAUAUUUUAUAUUUUAGUAUUACUUAUAUAUCUAGUAUUAGUAAUAUUAUUUAUAAUUUGAACAUGUUACAAGUCAGAAUUUGGUAUUAUUUUUUGAGAGUAAAUUAAAUGUAAGACCAAAUACUUACGAUUUCGGGAUAGUAUCACAGGGUUUUUUCCUGGUUUUCCCUUGUGAUUUACUAUGAAGUCUCUAACGCGAGAAUUUUACUGUCGUUGCAUUUGGUUGUCUUUUUAAAGACAGAUCACAUGCUAUAAUUUUUUUGUGACGGAUAUUCUUGAGUUGGGGUUGAUUUCAUGUAAUCGAAUGAACUAUCUUUCAGUAAGUCGUCCCAGGAACGCAACUCAUAAAUAUUGACAAUAUCAUUUUAAAGUCUUCUACUUUAAAAUGUAUAAUAUAUGUCUAAAUUGCCAAUAUAAAUGAGUCAGAUUAAAUAAAUUAUUAGAAGAAUUUUUUUGCUUAGCAACAACAUUUUUGUUUAUUUAGUAAUAUUUUGUAUUUUGACAACGGCACCCGAUUUGGGCGUCGAAACGUUAAUAAAAUUAUUUUUUUCAUUUUAAUUGUGGCUUAUUUCCCAUAUAAAUAAUUAAUCAUAAAAAUGCCACAAGGAAAUAGCUUCAGAACAAUACAUAAAUAAAGAAGGCCAAAUAAGGUCAAUGACUAAUUUUAAAUAGGGUGGUGAUUAGGAGGUUGCUUCCGAUCACUUUUUCGCUGAAAAAAAAUAGGGACUGACAUUCUUUUUUUUAUUAUAAGUCACAUAAUUUUUGAGCUAGAGACUUUUUUAUUCCCGGAGAUAGAUAUUUUUAAAUACUUUAAAUUGGUUUGAACAAGUUAUCCUCGAAAAAUGCAUAGUUUUCCCGUCUUUUGACUUUGAAACUAAGAUAUGUAGCAUUUGACGAACAUGAGCUAGUUUUGAAAAGUUGUUCUGAUAAAACGAAAAAUUUUGAGUUAUUAGCAGAAAACUGAUUAAAAACAUUAAUUUUUUUAUAUAAAACUAACACUUUUGAUAGCGAAUAAAUCGAAAACUAUUAAUUUUAUCAUCAAAAUGUAUAGAACAUUUUUUGCUUAGAAUAAAUGUUUUUAUCAACUUUUGUGGUCAAAAUAUAAAAAUCACCCCCGUGAUGGGGUGGCAACCGCCCCCACGGUAAAACCGCCUUUCGGCAUCAUAUAGAUUUUGAUCCUUGGACUAUCCAGUACUUAUUCUCAAAUUUUCAAGCAAAUCAAUCCAUUCUGUAAAAAUUGCGAGGUUUUGUCCUAUUAUAAGCUUCAUUACUUGGACUAAAUUGCUGAGUAUAUUUUUCAUUAAACAUUUAUCAGUAUAUUCUUGCAUUGCGUCACAAUCACUUUGUUGUUGCGUUCCUUGUUGAUAUUAAAUUUUUCCCAGUAUUCUGGUUGUUACUUUUGUUUCUCCACACCUCUUCUUCACAGUUAAAGUAUGUUUGCACAUUCUACUUUAAUUUUAGCGAGUUUCUGUAUGAUCCCAGAUGGACUUAAGUCAGCAGAUACUGCUGGCCACUAAAUUUAGCAAAUUUUACUAUAUUUCUUACAAUUUUUUCUACAUUUGUACUACGAUUAUCUUGUUAUAAUCGACAAACCCCAGAAUAUAAAAUAUGAGCUGUUUUUGAGAUACUUUUCACAAAACUGUUAAAUUCGUCGUUACUUUGCUAUCUAUAUCAAACUUCUGAGCUGUUUUUAAACAAUAAAGAGCUGUUUUGUACAUCUCUUUCAUCCGGGGAAGGCAACAACACGGCGAGCUAAUGACAUACACUGGUCGCAAGCAAAUAUUGGUAAAGUAGUACCAGCUGUCUAAGAGACUUAACAUUCAGCUCAGCAGGGUGCUAUUGUUGGAUGUGUGGAAUUCCGUAAACAAGGGAUCUAUCUGUUUUAUGAAACGAUCCCUUGUUUAUGUAAUUUCAUACCUCCAAUAAUAGCACCCCGUUGAGCUGAAUAUUAAUGACUCUUUUAGAUACCUGGUACGGGUAUAAAUAUCUUCAAUAUUGUGAACGUCUUAAUUAUAAUAAAACAUACUGAACAAUUUGAUGUUAGGAAAUUAUAUAUUUAUUUUUUACUAAAAAAUGGUAUAUUUGACAGUUUACUGAAGGAAAAAAAUUAAAAAUUUAACUUAAGUUACAGUUUCCGAACGUUGUAAGUACCACUCGCAAUUUUUAAUUCACAUUUUGACUAUCUUACCCGUUAAAUGUUUUUAUAAGUGCAGCUGGAUCGUAUUUAUUAUAACCCUAAUUAAUUAUAAAAGAUAUUGACGUCAUAAUGACAAAACUUGCUGUGAUGCCAAGUUAUUUGCAUUUGAUGUACUGAAAAAUGAAUUGGAUCAAAUCCAUGUACAGAAACUGAUAGUUAAUUCACAAAUCGUCUAUUAAGCGAUAUCGGUUACAAUUGAACGGAUUAGAAGUAAAAGGGUUUAAGUGCACUUUUCUAAAAAUAUGAUCGAAGUACAGAUUCGCAUACUUAAAUGGUAUUUUAACUUGGUGGUAAAAGGAUUCAAGCAUAUUUCGCCCUACAGUCGCCAUUACAUUUAAUUUAAUGAAAACAAUAAUUGCAUUUCGCAUUGGUAAUUAAAAUGAUUUAAGUGCGCUUGAACCGUUUUACCACAAAACUAUUUUCAGUAUUCUGUAAAAACAAGUAGCAGUAAACGGGUUUAAGUGCGCUUGAAUCAUUGUACCACAAAACUAUUUUUAGUAUUCUGUAAAAACCUCAUGUUAAUACAGGAUUAAUUUCAAAUAAAUAAAUAUUAGAUUUGUACCGAAUUUUGAAGACUAAUUAUGCAAAAUUAAUAUGCAACGUGCCAGUUGUAGUUACACUGUGGAUAACAGCUGCGAUAAAAAUGAUUAGUAAUAGUUAAAAUCUGCACUUGAACCGUUUUACCAGUAACAUUUAUCAACGCCAUGUACCGAUUCAAGUGCAUUUUAAGUAAGAGUAAUAAUAUAUCCUUAUAUUUUUAUUAUUUUAUAGAACAUAGACUUGUUUAAUGACUCCUAGAAUUUAACAACUUUGAAGCUGAUUAUCUCAGAAUCAGAACUAUCAAAACUGCACUUAAACCCUUUUACGUCUGACCCCCUCAAUUGUGGAAAAAGUGAUUGUUGCGUUAAAAUAAAUUAAAUAGAAUUAAAACUAUUUAAACUAUUUAAACCGACAAUCACAUUGACUAACAGUUAACUUUUCUUCAUUUGUAGCAGUCCAACAAUUAAAUCGAGGACUUUUGAGUAUGCAAUGCUGCAUACACUACCAACCUCAGGAAACAAAAAGCACUAUAAUUAAAUGCAAUUUUAUGUAAUAGUUACAAAUUGUGAAGUCAUUAUUGGUGAACCCUGUCACAUGUCAUUGACGUCACCGGCUAUUUAUAAUAAACACUAUAUCGUUUAGGUUCUUUCUCUUCCGUUAAUUUGUUGUUUAUUUCUAACUGUAAGUGUAAUAUUGAUAAUAAAGCGGAAAAUUGUUAAAAAAUUCCACUAGUCAUUUUGUAAAGGUUAAAACAAAAUCCUAUGCCAUAUUGUAGUAACAUCGGGUACAAUUUUAUGAGUAAGUUCUAAUAAUUGGUUGCUUUUCUUUACUUUUCUUUUGGAGAAAAAUCUCCAAAAAAAUGCAUUAUGCAUAAAAAUUGAUUAAUGAGGAGAAGAGAUUAUGGAGGAAAUGGUCUUGGUAUACAUAAUUAUUUUUUCACACAUAAACAUAAAGUAAAAAGAAAACUGUUCCUCAGCGCCCUCUUUGGUACGGCGUUAACACUUCUUUCACUUGCAUAUUCAAAGAGAUUUUACCAAUGUUUAUGAAUAGUUUGCCUGUAUAUGAAAAAUUAUCUGAAACAAUGUAAUAUACUGUUGUUUGAAUUGAAAUAAGUAAAAGUUUCAAUAUUAGAACUUGUUCAUGUGCUAUAAGCUAGAUUUACAGUAAAAAAAGACUGAAUGCGUGAAAUUUUUAGAUUUGUAUGUGUAUAUGUUGACAAAUAAAUGCUUUGUAAAUA